AUGGCAUUCGCGCGUCGCCUUGCCAUUCUACCCGGCGGCCUAGGUGGCCUUGGAUCAAGCAUCGGCCAAAAGCUAAGGCAGCAAGGUGCCCGCCUUGCAAUCCUAUACGCGCCUUUUGAGGCUGCUCGUCGCGACCAGCUCCUCGAAACAGGAUAUGGAAGCAGCACGGACUUCGAUGACAUCCGCACAUACGAGUGCGACAUCACGUCUCCCGAAUCCGUGCAGUCUGCGUUUGACGCACUAGAGAAAGAUACAGUGUCACCAAACACCGCAUCUCAAACCGAGAGAGCCUUCCCCAGCAUUCUGAUUAACACGGCUGGAUAUGUCUCUCUCAGCGAUAUGGAGAUCACGCCACCCGAAGAGACCAUGAAACAUUUAAGCACCAAUAUCUUCGGUCCGAUGCUUUGUUCGCAGGCUUUUGCCCGUUUGUAUUUCGCUGCAUCGAAGGCAGCGGAAUCUUCGACUACUCCCCCGCCGCCGGGUCGGAUCGUCAGUAUUUCGUCGCAGGCUGCACAUGCUGCUUUGCACCAACACGGUGCGUACUGUGCUUCGAAGGCUGGUUUGCUUGGCUUGACACGGAGUAUGGCUUCUGAGUGGGGACCUCGCGGGAUUACUUCUAACAGUGUGUCUCCGACCGUGGCUUGGACGGCUCUUGGACAGAAGGCUUGGGGCGAAACGUCUGUGAGGGAGGCAUUUUUGAAGAACAUUCCGACCGGCAAGUUUGCGUUGCCUGAAGAAGUUGCGGAUUCAGUUAUUUUUCUUUGUCAGGAUUCUAGUGGUAUGAUCAAUGGUGCCGAUAUUCGGGUUGAUGGUGGAUUCACGAUUCGGUAA